AAAAACACAAACAAGCCCAUGAUCAACAACAAAUUCCCACUUAUAUAAUAAUUAAUAAUCUUAUAUCUAUAUUAAGCUCUGUCAAAUUAAUAUAUUGUAUGUAUCGACAUCAUAUGUAUAUAUUUUUGUUAUCUAAAUCAGCUGUAGCAAAUCAUUCAUCGAUUCACCCUUCCAAUUCGUCUCCAUGUGCUAAAUCUUCAUUCACUCCCAGUAAAGAUUCAUAUCCCAGUUUGGACUAAAUCAUAAUCAUGUCUGUUAACAUAUCCAAAACUAUACUCGUAUUAACCACAAUUUUUAGCCUUUUUCAAGGAUUAGUAUAUGCAAGCUCUCCACAUGUAAUCAGUUUCCGUUCACCCAACCUUUACCCAGAGUCUGUAACAUAUGACCGAAUAAGCCAGCACUUCAUUGUAGGGUCCCUGCGUCACCCGACCAUCCUAUCUGUAUCUGAUGCCGGUGUAGUAAGCACCCUAGUUUUUGACGAAUCCCUCCCUGCCAACUCAUCUUUCCUUGGUGUCACUGUAGAUGUCACUUAUAACCGUAUGCUAGCAGUGGUCUACCGCCAUUCAGAACCUUCCAACUGUGCCCUUGCCGCUUAUGACUUACGUGCCCCCCAUAAACGCCUCUUUCUUGCCACUCUCUAUGACUCUGCAUCCUCCAUUUCAGGAGCUGGAGCCAAUGACGUUGCUGUUGAUUUCUCAGGCAAUGCGUUUGUGACCAACUCUGCCAGCAAUUUGAUAUGGAAGGUGGAUCUUGAAGGCAAAGCUUCUGUAUUAUCUAAAUCUAAAGCCUUUACGAAAACACCUGUCCCUGACACACCCUACAGUGGAUGUGGCCUCAAUGGUAUUGGUUAUGUUAGCAAAGGGUACCUUCUUGUUACACAAUCAAACACAGGAAAGUUAUAUAAAGUUGACUCCGAAGAUGGAACCGCAAGAAUAGUUCAAUUAAACCGUGAAUUGAUAGCACCCGAUGGCCUUGCCAUUAGACGUGAUGGUGUUCUAUUGGUGGUGUCACAACAUAAACUAUAUUUUAUCAAGAGUGAUGAUAGUUGGAGUGAAGGUGUGGUCUAUGACGAGACUGCCCUUGACACGGAGAGUUUCCCAACCUCAGUGACUGUAGGAGCAGAGAACAGGGCGUAUGUGUUAUAUGGUCAUGUGAAAGAGGGUAUUUCGGGGAAUUCACAAAGAGAUCGGUUUAGUAUAUUGGAGGUAAGGUCGGAGGACGAGAGUGGAGUUGAGGCCGUUUGGGUGUAUGUAUUGAUUGGGUUUGGUUUGCUCUAUUUCUUUGUCUGGAGGUUUCAAAUGCGUCAACUUUUCACAAACAUGAACAAGAAAGUCGCGUAAAGAGUAAAGCAUUCUCGCCAGGCUUAAGAAAUUCUUAUAUAAGUUUUGUUUCUGUCAAGUUUGUUUCUUUUGUAGAUUCCUAUACGAAUGCUCUUUUUUGGCCACUUUCUACAGCAGAAAUUGCUAGAAUACUUGUUCAGUGUAGGUUCAGAUAUCCCUUUUCUUGUGAUAUUUCAAGUAACUAGAUGCAAGCAGUUUAUAUUCAGUGGAAUGAUUCUGUAAUAAAUUGUGUAUUCCAUACAGUAAAAGCUGUAACAUGUUUUCUAGGAAGAACAAAUAUAGAUUAAUCUAAACAUGUGAUGAUCUUCAUGAUA